AUGAAGUACAUCGUCGCCGCCCUUGCCCUCGCCGCCUCGGCCGUCGCUGCUCCCUCGGAGAAGCGCACCGACACCUGCACCUUCGGCACCUACGCGUGCAGCAGCUCCAACGCGGGCAUCCAGAUCUGCAACGUCUCCAACCAGUGGGAGUACGUCGGCGACUGCCCCAACAACACAGUCUGCAAGGACCUCGAGCAGAACGGUUACACCCUGCCCUUCUGCACUGAGCCGGAGCCCGCUGUCGAGAAGCGCAACGGCCGCCCCGGCCAGAGCCCCGGCGAGAAGUGCCAGACCCCUGGCAAGUACGACUGCUUUGGUCCUUAUGCGAUCCAGGUCUGCGACACGCAGAACGUGCUUAAGUAUGUGGGCGCCUGCCCGGAAAAGACGCACUGCGAGUACCUGAACGGCAUUCCGUUCUGCGUGGACAGCGUCUAA